CGGUGUUUAAAUCAGAGAAAAUACCCGCAGCCGCCGUGGCGCGGCAGCAUUUUCACACCGCCUCAUGCGCGUUUCACCCGAUCAUACUGUUGCGGGAGGUGGCGAGGGGGGGAGAAAGUUGUGGACAUGUUUUCCUGGAAGUGCACGAUUUUACGGAUCCGCUGUGCAACGUUGCUGUAACUACGACGUUGAGAAGGUUUUUUUAACGCCCGUCGGGACCUUCGCAGGGUCUUUCCGUGUUGCCGUCGAGCCGCCUUGUUCGCCAUAUUGUGCGCGGUGAAACUCGAUGGAAAGUUGUCAAGAGUUAUGACACUCGCUGCGCACAGACCCUUCUUCUUUUUCUCCUUCGUCAUGGAGCUGCGCGCAGUCGACUUUGAUCGAACCCGAGGUGACUCCAUGGAGCUGUUCGCGGACAGUCCUGUGCGCCAGUGAGAAGACGGGGCUGUUUGCUGCUGUAGGCCGCAGUUUCCUCUUUGCUGCUGCUGGCGACUGUCUGGCUCCCCGAGGAGGAGGAUGAAAAUGGACAGCAGAGCUCGGAUUUAAUUGCUGAGAAGUGGGCUGCAUGUACCCCACCCUGCACUUUCCUUUGGGAUUUAUGCUUCCUCCCAGAUACCUCUGUCUACACAAUUAAAGUAUUUGACAGCCGAAGCACACUACAGAGGGCAUCGACCAAGUUUUGCACGCUCAGAGAUUCAGACUGAGGACAUUUGCUUAUCUUACAUAUUGCUAUGAGUCUCCCAUCUCAAGUUAACACUGACAAGAGCAAGCAUCAGACUCCGGCCAUGAAAGAGGCUGUGCAGCACUCGGGGGAGGUUUAUUUUGGUAUGGGACCUCCGGUUUUAAAGACAAGUCACAGCGACUCUGCAGGCGGCUCUGGAGUUGGUCACCAAAGUCUGCCCCAUUAUCAACAGGCUGCUCCUGUUAAAUGGAUUCAGGACCCCAUACAGGCGCCCGGCUGGUCUCAGGAAGCUCCCAUGCCGACCUGGGGACAGAACUUUGGCCCCUACAUGAGUGGCGUAAGGGAUCAAAUGACCUUCCACAAGGGAGGCCAUGAGGGUGUGGCGAUGCCGAUGGGAAGGGAAAACCAGCUGCCGGCACCCGUGGAGGCUUACAGAGAUGCCACCCAGGCUCAAACUCAAGGUGGGGGGCUGGAGUGGGGGCAGCAUGCCGCCACCGUUGCUGCGAUGCAUCAGGCUCAGCUGCAAGCCUAUCAACACGGCCAGGGUCAACCUCACACGGUGCAGGCCCCCGUUCUGCAACCGUUCCAGGCAUCGUUUAGGCCCAGCAAGUUCUCAUCCAAUUACUACUCCGUUUUCCCGGGAAACAAGCCAGUGGUGUACAGCGAGCAGCCUAAACCUCAGCAGCAGCAACUUCUGCACCCAGUGCAGCAGCAACAAAUGCACCACCAUCAGCAACAACAGCAGCAGCAGCAACACAUGCAUCAACUUCAGCUUCAGCAGCAGCAGCAGCAACAACAGCAUAUGCAGCAACAACAAAUCCAACAGCAACAAAUGCAACAGCAGCAGCUGCAGCAAAUGCAGCAGCAAUAUCACCAGCAACAGCUGCAGGAGCAACAACAACAAAUUCAGCAGCAGCAACAAAUGCAACAACAAAAUAUUCUACAGCAAGAAACAACACAAUCUCAGGUGCAGCUAAAACAACAGAGCCAAACCUUUGGCGCUUUUCAGCCUCCGGACCUCCUUCCACCUGACUCGGGGGCUAAAAACGACGACGCGCAAUCAGUGGAGCCACAGGCGCAACUAAAGGCUCAAACUGGCAACGCGUCAGCUUUACCUGAUCAGGACGCUGAGAUAGCUGCCACAAACCCUGCGGACUCUGCAGCCUCAGCGGCCCCUCGGCGCUCGCGUCGCCUUUCCAGAGAGGGACAGUCCCCGCUGGGCCCCCCUUCCACAAACAUUUGGUCUCAAGCCUCCAAAGAGCCACCGCCAUCCCAAAAUGGAGUCACAGGCGUGCCAGCAGCGAGAGGUGGAGAGAACCAGGCGGCAACAGGAGGAGUCAUCCAGAUCACCCGCAGGAGGAGGAGAGCAUCCAAGGAGAUCAACUUGGAGACUCUUGCUCAGAAGGCAUCGGAAAUGGAAUCCCUGCCUGCUAAAACUGUCAAGCAGGAGGACGGCCCCUCCAGCAAACAGGCCUCCAUCGUACCGCUGGUCAUCCCCGUGUCUGUUCCCGUGCAGAAGAAUCCGACAGAAUCUCAGGGCGUUUGGGUUCACGGACGCCUCGGUCAGAGCGAUCGUCCCGCGGGGCAGACGGAUCGAAAGCCUUCAGUCAUUGUGGCUCGUCGCCGCUCACUCAAACACACCCUGACUGCGACUUUUGGCCAGGAUGAAAAGAACGAUCCAGGACUGGACGACGACGGAAAGUCCAAGUUCAAGCGGCGGACUCGUCCCGAGCCCCUCAUCAUCCCUCUUCCCAAACCCUCCACCUUCAUCCCUCCAUCUGUCUACUCCAGCAUCACUUCCUACCAGAGCAACCUGCGCUCUCCGGUUCGCAUGCCGGACAACCCUUACUCCCACCCCCCGUACACGCCUCCCCCAAUCUUGUCCCCGAGGCGAGUGGGAUCUGGGCUCUACUUCUCCACCGUCCUCACCAACAACCAAAUCCAGCCUCCUCUGGCUACUCCCAAGUCUGCAACGCGCAGCCUGCUGCGUUCCACGAGUUCAGACGUCACCCCUCCUGUCCUGCCCUUGAUCGCUGAUGCCACACCUGUGUGCCUCGAACCACGUAUCAACAUUGGGCAACAGUACCAGGCAGAAAUUCCUGACUUGCGAGAUCAGCUCUCCUCCCAGUUCGACCAGCCCAAAGCCGACUUGGUUUGGCAUCCGUUAGAUGACGUCAAACACAACGACCAGUACUUGGAGGGUUUGAUGAGCAUGUCUUGCUCAAGUGUUCUCAGUGGAGGAGGAACCAAUCAGGAGCUGGUUUUUCACUGUUUACAUGAAUGUGGAGGCAAUAUUCUUGAAGCGCUGGAGCGUUUGAUGCUUCAGGACUCAAUUUUCCCCAGUGGUCAUCACCUGGGAGGUUAUCACUACUCAGGCUCCGACAGCUGGACUGCAGAGGAGAAGUGUUACUUCAACAAAGGGAUUGGUGCCUACAGGAAGGACUUCUUCCUGGUGCAGAAACUGGUGCGGUCUAAGACGGUGGCUCAGUGCGUGGAGUUCUACUACACGUACAAGAAGCAGGUGAAAGUGGGACGAAACGGCAUCUUGACCUUCGGCCCUCCAGAUUCACUGGUGGAGAAGCACACAGAGAUGACGGUGGACAUUAAGACAUAUCAACCCAAACUGACUCCAUUAGAGGUGGAUGAAGACAACAACAAGAAAGAAUUUUAUGAUGAGAGCCAUGAGAGCAGCCAGCAGGCGAGGGUUGUUCAGUCACUACAGGCUCAUGACUAUGCAGGGACAGUUCUGGUGAUCAAAGAGCCGGACGUUGUGAAAAAAGAACCUCAUCCCCCAUCUGGAUUUCCACGACCUCGUGCAGAACCUGCAGCAAAGAAGGGCAAAGCUCCACCGAAGCCCCCGCAGGACCCCGAUGCUGUGUUUCCGUGCAAGAAGUGUGGCAGGGUGUUUUAUAAAGUGAAGAGUCGAAGCGCCCACAUGAAAAGUCACGCCGAGCAGGAGAAGAAGGCUGCGGCGCUGCGGCAGAAGGAGGAGGAGGAGCGGGCUGCAGCUCAGGCUCGAGCCAGGAAGGCGGCAGCCGCCCUCGCUGUGGCGUCCCAUCAGGGAGGGAAUGGAAACGGAGCGGCACAGCAGGCGGAGCUCAGCAGCCAGGAAGACUCAACCGAAGUGGAGGAUGACGACGAUGAAGACUGGCACUGAGCAGAGACAAAACGAGGAAAAACGAACUCAGGAGGAUUUGGAGUUUUGUGCCAACAGACUUUCGAGACGAACAAAGUAUCGAGACAGUGGUUUAAAAAAUGAUAUCCUGCCUUCUGAGGGGCAGAGUAAGCACAAGAAAACAUGUUUUUUUAAUGUCUUCCUGGUUAUCUUUGUGCUGCUUUUCAGACCAAAACCAUCUCUGUUGUUUAGCUUUACACCCUCAGCCAGGCCGACACUCCACAUUUAAAUAUUCAAAGUUUUAUUUUUCUAAAUGCACUUCUACCGUAUCUUUCUGCUUUGGCCAAUAAGGCCUUUUUAUACGUUUUAUUUAAUUAACGGCAACGUCAAACUAUUUGACUUUUUCACUAUACGAACUUGAUGGUGAACUUGAUAUAUCUGAAUUGAAAGAUCAAAUGGAUUGGUCCUUUCUUGAAGCAGCCUUUUGAAUUAAAGAUAAAAUGUAAGAAAAGAUAAAAGGGCUCAUAUCUUUAAAAAAAACAAUCUUAAAUGUGGUGGAUUUUUCUAACCAUCCCAGGUUACGAGGUUGGUUGUACACUUUAUUUUUUACAAGUUUUAAAGGACCUUUGCAAUGAAUGUGUACAAAAAAAGUAUAUGAGAUUGCUAUAUAUUUAUGAUAAGACAUUUACAUUGAUUUUGGUAAUAUAAAGAACAAUCACGUUGGAUUGAAUAUGAGUGGAUUGCUGAAAAUGAAAUAAAACUCUUGUUCUGAGGAGUGUUGUGUUUCUGGAGCGGGCAGUGUUGGCAUCAAUAAACCA